AUGGCAGAGGAUGAAGGCUCACAGGACACCUUGAGGCUCCAGUUCAGGGCCAUGCAGGAGAUGCAGCACAGAAGGUUGGAGAAACGGAAGGUUGGAGAAACAGAAGGUUGGAGAAACGGAAGGUUGCAGAUGGAGAAACGGAAGGAAAAAGAACUUAGCUUCCAAAGCAGAGCUGAUGACCAAAAAGAGCCCCUGGAGAUCUCUGAUGGCCUCAGCGUCCUCCAAGCCGGGGAGCAGAACUCAAAAACCAGCUUUGAGCAGAGGAUGCUUGAAGACGAGAUCGAACGGCUUCGGGAUCAACUCAGGGAAACGGUGGAUGAGAACGGGCGAUUGUAUAAGUUGCUGAAGGAGAGGGACUUUGAAAUCAAACACCUCAAAAAGAAAAUAGAAGAGGACAGAUUUGCCUUCACAGGGACGGCUGGUGUGGUUGGGGAUGUGACUGCCACCAAGAUCGUUGAGCUAUCCAAAAAGAACCGGGUGCUGAUGGCAGAGUCCGAGGGUGCGAAGACCAGAGCGAGGCAGCUGAGCAACCGCAUCCGGGAGCUGGAGCAAGAGCUGCAGAUGGCCCUGGCCAGGCUGCCAGCCAAGGGGGCCACCGACGCAGGAGCCAAGCUGCUGAAGGCCCAGAUGGGAGACAGAGCCUUGGACAGCCCAGAGGUGAAGGUCUUGCAGGACAGGCUGGCGGCCACAAACCUGAAGAUGAGUGACCUCCGUAACCAGAUCCGGGCUGUGAAGCAGGAGCUCCGGGUGGCCCAGAAGGUAUUUCCCGGCCAGGGUUCGGCCUCGUGGGUGGGCCUGGGACUGGGAAGGUCAUGGCUGGGACAAUGGCUUCCAUUCAGGAGCUGGGCCCCGUGA